AUGGAUUUCGAGUCCAAGAUUUAUAAACCCAUUGAAAGUGUUCGUGUUGAAGGAAUUGUCUUUUUGAAGAUGAUAAAACAUUAUGAGGAGGAAUCAAUAUCCAGCCAGAACUUUGUUAAUGGCGUUCUAUUGGGUCUCGCGCAAGGCAGCCAACUUGAGAUCACGAACUGCUUUCCGUUGCCUAAAACCCAAGAUGAUGAUCCUAAUGCUAAUGAAGCACUGAUUAAUUAUGAGGCCAACAUGAUUCGUAAUUUGAGACAGUUAAAUACGGACUACCUAAAUGUUGGGUUUUACCAAGCUGGUCCUGGCGGUGUUUCUAUAAAUCGUGCUAAUAUUGACAACAUAUAUCAACGACAGAGCUACCUACCUGAAUCUGUGUUACUCACAUAUGAUCCAACAAGAACCAGUAGAGGUCAGAUUGGUCUGAAAGCAUAUCGCUUGUCUGAUGAUGUUCUUGCUGCAAGGUCAGAAGCUGAAGAACGUCUUCGUCUAAGUGGAAAUCAAAAGGGUCCUGAGGUUCCAUGGGAAUGUGAAGCAGCAGGUAGUGUUGGUCGUAGCAGUUUCACUCGUGUAUUGGAGGAGAUACCUGUUGUAAUACAUAAUUCCCAUCUUGUAAAUAUUCUCUUAACUGAAAUCGUUGACAAUCAAGAAUUAUCACGUUCAGAGCUUUCUGCAAAAUCAUCAAUACUAGAUCUUGCCCCACCCCUUCCAACAGAUCAUCCUGGCCGUUAUUCUACCCUUAACUUAAGCAUGGCUUCUAGUUUAGAGCAACAGCUACGUUCUCUACUUGUUGGUCUAGAUAGUGUGCAUGAUCUUCAAUACCUGUACCAGCGUAGUUUAACAAAAACCCAAACUGCUGUCACUGGAAAGACUGCGACUGAGGCUCGAAACCGGGAGUUGGCGCCAAUACGUCUUGAUACAGCAUUGAUUUCAGCUCAGCUUGAUUUCUAUUGUAACAGUCUCUCUCAGAUGGCAGGUCAAACUAUGGGCAAGCUGAUGCUUACACAAGCUGUACAAGAGACAAGUUCAACGGGCAGCUCUAAAUUUCAAAGAUUCUAA